AGGAUAAAUGUGAAACGGCUACAAUGUAAGACCACUUAAAACCCGAGUGCAGUAGAGUUCGGAAAUUCGCGGUUUCCGUUCAGUUUCGUUCACUUAUGCGAUUUAACACUCGACUCGACGCUUGAUAUCAUGGUCGCGCGAACUCGGUGACAGUGUGAAGAAGAAUUAAGAAGAGAGAAAAAUUGUCAGUUGAAAUUUGCGAGAGACUACAUCUAUAAACCAGUCAAUUGUCUCCCCCCCGACAGAGAGUAAUUGUCAUCAUUCUUCAAUAUCGGCAAUGGGCGCAGCUGUCAGUACUGACAUUGCCAGUCUGGGGUACAUCUUAUAAGAAUCUCGUAGACGAAGGAUUGAUUCGUAUACACAUCGGCACAAUUGACAGUUGACAAUGUCAAAAACAUCAAUAUUAAAGUUUUCUUGUAAAAAGAGUGUAGGGGAUACCAAGAACUCCGUUAAGUUUACAAUUAAUGGAGUCCCACACGAGGUUUCGGGAGACAUACCGGCGAACACGUCCCUCAACGUUUACAUUCGCGACUAUGCGAAACUCCGCGGCACAAAGGCCAUGUGCCACGAGGGUGGCUGCGGCGCUUGUAUCGUGGCUGCGGAAAUCAAGGGAGAGACAAUGGCCGUGAAUUCUUGCCUCGUACCGAUAUUAAUCUGCGACGGAUGGGCAAUUCAAACGAUCGAGGGGAUAGGAAACAGAAAAGAUGGCUAUCAUUCGAUUCAGGCUGCCCUAGCUGGAAAAAAUGGCUCGCAAUGCGGAUACUGCUCCCCAGGCAUGGUGAUGAAUCUUUACAGUCUCACGAAAGACAAGAAAUUAACGAUGCAGGAGAUCGAAAAUUCGUUUGGCAGCAACAUCUGUCGAUGCACCGGUUAUCGUCCGAUUCUGGAAGCGUUUAAAGGAUACGCCAGUGAUGCGCCUCCCUCAUUGAAAAGGGGUAUUCUCGAUAUCGAGGAAAUUUACAACAUUAAAACGUGCCCGAAGAACGGGCUGCCAUGUACAAACGAUUGCGCCGAUAAACAAUCAAACAACAAUAUAAAGUUUAAUGUAAAGUUGGAAGAUACGGAAUUCCAUAAAGUUUACUCGAUCGAGGAUCUUUUCGCGGUAUUUAAAGAGAAACCAAAGGCCAAGUACAUAUUAAACGGCGGCAAUACGGCGCACGGUGUCUAUCGCACGAGCAAGAACACCCUUCACAUCGACAUAAACGACAUCCCGGAGCUGCGUCGCAUCGAGAAGACCGAUAAAUCUUUAACCCUGGGCGGAGGUAUAUCGCUCACCGUGGCGAUGGAGACCUUCCAGAAGUACUCGUCCGAGGCGGGCUUCAAGUACCUGCAUCACCUGGCUCAUCACAUCGACCUGAUCGCCAGCGUGCCGGUACGCAACAUCGGCAGUAUCGCCGGCAACCUGAUGAUCAAGCACGCGCACAACGAAUUUCCGUCCGACCUGUUUUUAAUGUUGGAGACCGCCGGUACCCAGAUACAUAUUCUCAAGGGACCCGGAAGCAAGGAAAGCAUGAUGCUGCAAGAGUUCCUCAAGACCGACAUGGAACACAAGAUCAUCUACAGCGUGGUACUUCCGGCACUGUCCGACGAUUACGAGUAUAGAUCUUACAAGAUCAUGCCAAGGGCACAGAACGCUCACGCGCACAUAAACGCUGGCUUCCUUUUCAAGCUCGGUGGAGACGGCAAGGUGCUGGAGAAACCCAACAUUAUCUUCGGUGGUAUCAAUGAGCACUUCCUGCACGCGAAGAACACGGAGGCGGUGUUGAUGGGUAAAUCGAUCCUCAACGAAAGCGUGCUGAAAACCGCCCUGGACACCCUGCACAAUGAACUGCAGCCUGACCACGUGUUACCGGAUUAUUCGCCGGAAUUCCGCAAAACCCUCGCCGAAGGAUUGUUCUACAAGUUUGUGCUGAGCAUCAAACCGGAGAACGUGAAUCGCAAACUUCGCAGCGGAGGCAGUAUUUUGGAACGAGAGGUCUCUUCAGGUACGCAGGACUACGACUCGGACAAGAGCACGUGGCCGGUGAACAAGCCGACGGUGAAGCUGGAGGCGAUCCAGCAGACGUCGGGCGAGGCUCAGUAUUGCAACGAUCUGCCACCGUAUCCCAGAGAAGUGUUCUGCGCCUUCGUCUCCACGGAAAUCAGUAACGGCAAGAUCAAAAGCAUCGACGCGAGCAAGGCGCUGGCCCAGAAGGGAGUGGUGGCGUUCUUCACCGCCAAGGACGUGCCUGGCAAGAAUCUGUUCACCUCAGCCGCCAGUCAGUUGAUGAUGCUGAUGUUCGACGAAGUCCUGUUCGCCGAGGAGGACGUUCUCUACGCGGGUCAACCGGUCGGCGUGAUCGCUGCCGAGACGCAAAACCUGGCGAACGAGGCUGCGAAGAUGGUCGAGAUCAAGUACAGCGAAGCCCUGCAGAGGAAGCCGGUGAUAACCAUCGAGGACGCGCUCGCAACGAAGGACGAUAGCAGAAUCAUGCAAGGCGUGAACUCUCCGGCGAAGAAAAAAGGAGAAAAUACAAAGCACGUAAUAAAGGGUGUCUUUAAGAUGGGUACUCAAUAUCAUUACACUAUGGAGACUCAAUCUUGCGUAUGCGUUCCCGUGGAGGACGGCAUGGAUGUCUAUCCAGCUUCACAAUGGAUAGAUAACAUUCAAGUAGCUAUCGCGGAUUGCCUUAAUGUCAAGAAUAAUAGUAUCAAUGUCAGCGUGAAACGAAUCGGUGGUGCAUAUGGAGCAAAAAUUUCGCGCAGUACACAAAUCGCGUGUGCAUGCGCUCUUGUAUGUCACAAACUGAAUCGUCCGGCCCGUUUCGUCAUGACGAUCGAGAGCAACAUGCAAUCGGUAGGCAAGAGAAUUUCAACACGCAAUGAAUACGAGAUCGGCGUCGAUGAUGAAGGAGUUAUCCAGUAUCUUGACUCGAAAUUCUGGUGCAACAAAGGUUGCGUCUACAACGAGCCUCACUCUUGGGCCGUAGCGCAUCACAUAGCUAGUUGUUACGUGACUGACUCUUGGACUCUAAACGGAUACGAAGUAAAAACUGACAUCCCGCCAAACACGUACGCUCGAGCACCAGGUUCUACGGAAGGAUUAGCCCUGACCGAACAUAUAAUGGAGCACAUCGCGAGGGUGACGAAGAAAGAUCCACUGCAAGUCAGACUGGCGAAUAUGAACGCCGACGACAAGGCUUUGCUAGAAAUAAUGCUGCGCGACUUGUCAAAAUCAGCUGAUUACGAGAUGCGAAAGCGAGCCGUCGACACAUUCAACAACGAGAAUCGUUGGAAGAAGAAGGGAAUCGCUAUAGUGCCGAUGAUGUAUCCGUUCAUGUUUUGGGGACAAUUCAACGCCAUGGUGUCGAUUUGCGCGCGCGAUGGAACCGUUUGCGUGACACACGGCGGAGUCGAAUGCGGCCAGGGUAUAAAUACUAAGGUUGCUCAAGUGGCAGCUUAUACAUUGGGGAUCGACCUCAACUUAGUCACCGUCAAAGCAAGCAAUAACAUAGUAACGCCCAAUAACUCGGUUACCGGAGGAAGUGUUACCAGCGAAAGCUGCGCAUACUCCACGAUUCAGGCUUGCAAGGAACUUUUAAAGAGACUCGAGCCGAUCAAGAAAGACUUGAAAGACCCGAGCUGGAAGGAGCUCGUUUUUGCAGCUUAUCUGAAGGAUGUUGAUUUAUGCGCGCGAUUUAUGUUCGCGCCUACACGCGACGACACGCUGAAGCCUUACAAGAUUUACGGCAUCACCAUCGCCGAGGUUGAGAUCGACCUGUUGACCGGCCAGCACAUUGUCAAAAGGGUGGACUUAAUGGAGGACGCUGGUAUGAGUUUAAAUCCGGAGAUCGAUGUCGGUCAGGUGGAGGGUGCUUUCGUGAUGGGAUUGGGAUACUGGACUUCCGAGGAACUGGUGUACGAUCCUAAAACAGGAGCAUUGAUAAAUGACAGAACUUGGAACUAUAAACCGCCAGGAGCGAAGGAUAUUCCCGUUGACUUCCGCGUGACCUUCGCCAGGAACAUGAGCAAUGGACUCGGUGUCCUCCGUUCAAAGGCGACCGGUGAGCCACCGCUUUGUAUGAGUUGUGUAAUUCCCAUCGCGAUCCGAAAUGCAUUGAACUCGGCCAGGGCGGAUGCCGGAAAUACGGAUGUCUGGUAUCAAUUGGAUGGACCAUUCACCAACGAACGUAUACUUCUAAAUAGUUUAACCAGCAAGGACAACAUGGUGCUCUGAAAGGAUGAUUCGUUCGCGCACGAAUAUUAAUAUUAUAUAUAUAAUAUAUACAUAUAAUAUAAAUAUUAUAUAU